UCUCUCUGGUAAAAUCUAACCCAACGACCCUUCAAACUUCAAAGUUCAAUUCAACCCUCGCCUCUGGUGUGCCUCUCGUCCUGUCCAUCUAAAAACCAGAAUAUAGAAGAGCUGUCGAGAAAAGAAUCGAAAAAGGAGAGAAGACUGAUCGGGAAUGAAGAAGCUCUACAGAAAAGGCAAAGUUCACCCAUCGCCUCCGGUUGUCUCUGACCACCUCGCUUUCCUUCCUGCGACGAUUCUGACGCUCACCUUGGCGCUGCCCCCCGAAGAUAGGGAAGUAUUGGCUUAUCUUUUAUCUUGCUCCGGUAGCUAUUCAAACACUUCCGGCGGUCGAGCUAAGAACAAUCAGAAGAAUCUUACUGGGGAUCACCCACCUUCUUUUCACUGCAACUGCUUCCGGUGCUAUACGAGCUAUUGGGUUCGGUGGGACUCUUCGCCUAACCAUCAGCUGAUUCAUGAGAUAAUCGAUGCUUUCGAAGAUAGUUUGGUGCAGAAGUCCAACAUCAAAAGCAAGAAAGAGAGGAGGAAGAGGGUCAAUAUUUCGGAUGACGGAAAUCGCUUGGAAGAAAGUCCGAGUAGGGAGGAGCUGAAUAAGUCGGAAGUAGUGGAGGAGAGUAGUGAUGACAUUGGUGGAGAUAAAGAAGUGGAGGAGAUGGAGAAGGGUUCUGUGAGGAGGUUUGUGAGUUUCAUCGGGGAGAGGAUCUGGGGUGUUUGGGGCUAAUAAAAUGAAGAAAAUCGAAAAAAGGUUUGUUCAGUUCAAUCCUCUGUUAAAGGAGUUUUUUUUUGCUAUGUAGUUUUUCCCUGUUCUUCCGCAACUUUUUUUUUGUGUAAAUUAACUUUUUUGCAAUGUAAAAAUUAAAAAGAGAACGAGUAAUUUUUUCAUUA